UUUCAUAUUGGCAGAACGUAACUCGGAGGAUUAGUACGAUAACUAUUCCUGGACGGCAGUUGAUUAUCAAAACCUAUCUAGGGUGUGAUUGUGACAGGGACAUUUAUGUAAACGGACAUUGUAUCAUCAAUACAGAACGUAACUCGGAGGAUUAGUACGAUAACUAUUCCUGGACGGCAGUUGAUUAUCAAAACCUAUCUAGGGUGUGAUUGUGACAGGGACAUUUAUGUAAACGGACAUUGUAUCAUCAAUACAGAACGUAACAGACUCGGAGGAUUAGUACAAUAACUAUUCCUGGACGGCAGUUGAUUAUUAAAACCUAUCUAGGGUGUGAUUGUGACAGGGACAUUUAUGUAAACGGACAUUGUAUCAUCAAUACAGAUUAAACUGACUCGAGAUGGCCGCGACAAACAUUGAUGUACACCACCAUAAUGCUACAGUUCUCAAUACGUUAAAUGAUGGAGAUUUGGUGGAAUUUUCAAGACAAGGAAUGCAUUCUCAUUGGGGUGUUUAUAUAGGAAACCAACAGAUUGUACAUUUAACUGGAGUAGACGGUGCAGGUACUAUGGAUGCGUCUGCCCCCGGAAGUUCAUUCUCUAUUUCUGGGGUGAUCUUCCCCAAAGCCUGUGUAAUGAUCGAGGAUUUCUUCAAAGUUGCUAACGGAUGUAUAGCUAGACGAAACAAUGGAAAGGAUAGUGAAUUCAGUCCACUACACCCAAGCGAAAUCGUAAGGAAGGCGAUGGAAAUGAUCGGGAAUAUUGGCUACAACAUCCUAUGGUACAAUUGUGAGCACUUUGCAACCUUUCUUAGAUACGGCAAGAAGUUUUCCGGACAGGUGGAAACAGCAGCAGCUUUGACGGGUGUGGUCUGUGCUACAGCAGUCUUUGCUGGAGUUAUCAUUCAUAUAAUAGCUGACGCCAAUAAAAGCAAAAACAAAUAUUGAGAAAUGAAUAAACAUGACAUGCAAAGAAAAAUCGCCUAUUUUUGUUCAAUAUUAUAAAAAUAAAAUCUUAAAUAAUUAUGUAGACACACAUGUACGACCAGAUCAACAUUACGGAAUGAUGUUGGUAUACCAGGUGGCUAUGUUGCUCCCGGCUCUCGUUUGAAUGAUGUGACUUAGAUUUACACGCCAGGUGUCUUCGAUAAAGCAGAACCCGAAUAGAAAAAAAAAACGUUUUUUGAUAUCCUUAAAACAUGUUAAAUAAUGUUUUAACAACAUUUAGCGAAAUUGUUAUUAUGACAUUAAGAUAUUUUCGAAAUACUUUAGGAAAACAUCACAACACAAUCCAAUGUUUAAAAUUAGCAUUUCUAAAAUGUUUAAUUGCAUCUCGAUUUUAAAUAGUUAUCAAACAUAGAAAAUGUUCAACAAAAUUCUUUAAAAAAAAUGUUAACAUUAUUUUCAUGUUUUAUGCUUGGAUGUUUGUUUAUUUUUUUAAAAAGACGUUAUUGUUUAACAUUUCACAAAAUAUAGAAACCUUUUCAAAAACAUUUAGUCAUUUGUCAAAACAUGCAUCAGAGAAUAUUUCUUUCAGAUAGAUGAGGGUCUGAAUAGUGAAUACUCGGAUGUUUUUCAUUUUGGUCCUGAAUACACACACAUUUAAUAAAAAAUAAGUUUAAAAGGGCGAUGUGGCAGCAUAGGAGAGUUGUUACUGUUGUAGCUUUGUGAAAGGAUACUGGUUCAAAUCCACGAAGUCUAUCUGAACACACAUACUUUUGUAACAUAUUAAAGGUUCCUGGUCAUCAAACGUCUGCCACUGUUCCGACGAACGGUCCUAACAUGAAGAUAAUAAUGAAUAAAUGCAUAACAUAACUUAUUUAUUAUAUAACUAUUAACAUUUGAUCUUCAGGAACACUCUUCUUACCUGAUCAAUAAACUGAAUAAUCAAUGACCUCAGAAGAUGAAUUGCAAACAAAAUUAUUAAGCAACUAUUUGACAGUACUGGUAUUUUCUCUGUUUUGUGGGGUUUUUUCUGUUGCUUCAGAAAUGACAAUGGAUAUGCAUUCAGCUUGGUCAGUAAAUUGAGUGAAAAGUGGGUCGUGGGCUUUUUGCCAGUAAAAUAUGAUAUAAUCUAUGUAAAGUUUUGAGGAAUGUAUACAAAAUAUCAACAACAAAAAUCAGUGUUUUUUUUCAAAAUGUAAAAUUAGAUGUACCAGCACCUUAAUUAUGCAAUUUUACACCAUUUUAAUGAACAACAGCAUGAUUAUCCAAGAUUAUUCAUUUACAGUCAGUUUACAUAAAAACAUGGAUGAAAUGGUUCUUAACUGUGCAGAAAAAUCAGGAAAAAAAUCAAGUAACCAGGGAUGUGAUAUUGUUUGCUUUCGUUUUUGUUUUCGUUUUUGUUUUCUCUGUGCACUUAAGAGAGACAGAAAAAAUUAAGUGUCUUUUCUGAAUUAUAUUACCUGCACAUAGUUUAUGCAUCUGUAAAUUUGCAUUUACCGCUACAUUGACCAAUCACAUACUUCAUCUUGACCAGUAAUGCCACCUGUCGCGUCAUAUCCGGGGCAAAAAGAAAGUAUAUGGCUAUGCCGAAAAAUCUUUAUAGAGGGUGAUAAUGGCAGGCCAAAUAUUGUGGGGUUAGGGGUAUCUUUAAAUAAAGAAGGUAACAAGGAAGAUAACUAGAUUGCUUGUUUUGAGUUUAUGAAAUAAGAAAACGAGACAAUGAUCAUUUCACUGUGAAAUCUUUAUUUUUUUUGUCUUAUAAAAAAAAGUACAAUACAUUGGGUCUGUACAAAAUCCUGUCUAGUGAAACUGAUCAUGUCUAAUAUCAUUUCUGUAUAGUAAUAAUUAAUCAUUUGUUGCAAUGUGUGUACCAUAAACUUUAUCUCUCACACACAUACAUGCUCGCAUUUGUACAUAUGGUUGAAUACAACACAUUUCUUUAUAACAGAAUAUACUUUUUCAUCUUUAUGUAAAUUACUCUUUACCGUGUCAUUCUAGUUGCAUAACAUUUUAUUUUACCACAAGUUCUUAGUAAUUUUUAUGAAAAAAAAAAUUAUUAAAAGAUUAGAAGAACAGCACAGGCUAGCGUCAUGAUAGCAGCCUUCAUUGGCUCAACACAUAGUCCAAGUGAUAGACAAGGAAAUAUCAUUUUCAGUAUUCCAAAUGUCUGCUCAAACUUAACUCUGGUCUUACACAAACCAUCGUUAUAUUUGAUUUCUGAUUGGGUAGAUGGAUGGUGGUAUGGUGUCAUCAGAAAAGUUGUGCAUGGAUAUCCAGAGUCAUCUAGCAACAUUCAGUUAUGGCUACCUGUAAUAUCAAUAUGCAUAAUUGUUUUAGGUCAGAAUGAAUUUAUACUUAUUUGUGUAUUGAUUUCACACAGGAAAUCAUUAUUAUAAUUAGCAGUUUAUCAAUUACUAGUUAUAAUAUACCCGGUAUAACAAAUGGUUGAGUAGUGCAAUUACAUAAUUAUAUAGCUUUAUCAAAAUAAUGACGAGAGUGUAAAUUGUGGAAUGAAAGAAAAAAAUGAUAAUGAUAUCAGUCACAUGCACUAAGAAAUUACCUACAAUGCAGUUCAUAAGAAUUGGUUUUACUUGUUCAUACAUAUAUGAUGUCAUAUUGUAUGAUAGGAAUGUACUCCUGUACACAGGAAUUUACAAGAAUGUAAUAAUACAGUUUUAUUAUAGGGCAUUUCAAAAUGUCCAUGUUAUUUGCCAUUUUCAAAUUUAAAUCCUGAAAUGUAUGACAAUUUGAUUUAUAAAGUAAAAUGUUUAAAUAGUUAAAGUAUUGGCAUCACAGUAUUUAUAGUAUACACAUGUACAUGCACAAUUCUUGUAUCAUAGAUCAUCAUUGAUGUGCAUCUUGUAUUAUGUAUAUGGAUUACAUAACCAUAAUUGAAAAGUAUAUAUGUUUACGUAUGCACUUCUAUAGAAUAUACUAGUUCAUGUGCAUAUCAUGAUUAUAAUGCUUUACUGUGAACAUACCAAGUAUACUAGUAAUUCUUUAUGAGUUUGUUGUUUUUUGUUGACACUUUUUGUGUAUACUAUCUGUGUACAUUUUUGUGUCAAGUAUAUAUAUGCAUAAACUGAAAUCAUAAAUCAUCCUUUGUCCACUUUCAUGUAAUCUUAUAUUAGCUGUUAUGACCUAGCCAAAAUAUAUCUGCAGGCCAAUAUCACAUUUUAACAUGCCUAUUUGUAUCAAUUUGUUACUAAAAUUAUUUUGAGCAUAUAUUUAAGCAUGUUUUGGGAAUAGCUAGACUAUAAUUUUUUUUUUUCGCACAAAAAUAUGUGUUGACUCAUAUUUCAAGGAACAGAGGCCUAUAGGUCAAGCACGAAACAAAAAUAUUGAUUUCAAAUUAUUUUCAAUAUAAUUGGAGUUGUAAUAUCCAUGCUCUUAUAUAUAUGUAAUUGACUGUAGUCUACAAUAGUGGGAUUGAUACCAGGCUUAUAUUUGUAAAUCAUAAAUUUGAUUAUGUAUUUUAUUUAAAUGAAAUCAAAAUGUUAAGUUCUAAGUUCAAAUUCCAAAAUCAUAAUAUGUCUUUCCUUAUAUAUUUUAACUUGUUGAUAAUUUAUUUAACUUAUUUGAAUGAUUUAUAGAUAAAUUCAGAGGCAAAUAUAUGUAAAUCAAAAUAAUUACUUUGAAUUUGAAUACUGUAUGUUAACAUGCUAUGCUUAAUAAAAACAUAUUUUUUGUUAUGAAUUUAA